UGGCUUUUUUUCAGUCAUGUUUUGCAUUUUUCUAAGGUUUUGGGCUUAUUGGCAGUUUUCAAAAAUUGCAGCUUGUUUUUUGCACAAAUCUAUUUUUUUUUUGAACAAAUCUUGGCGUUUCUCAUAGACGUCUUGUCGAAACUUAUCUGAACAGCAGCAGGAACGUAGUGUAAACCUAAAAUAAUUCCAUACAGAAGUGUGUGCCUGUACGUGUGUGCCUGAAGCAGAAUUUAGGGUUGUUCUCCUUUAAUUUGCCUGAGUGAGUCUUGAGAUGAGAAGUAGCAUCAGGUGGGUGAGGUGAGAGCUUGUCCAGGCGGAGGGUGAGACAUGGCCGUAUCCUAGGGCAGCAGGUUAUGAGGUGAACAGAGAGAAGGAGGAUGGCUAAAAGUCGCGCACACAGGAUUUGCAAAUUAAAAAAUAGUUGAUAUUUUUUUUUCUUCCCCCUUCAAUGCCAAAGAGAAAUCAGUAGGAAUAGAAAUAAUUGGUUGUAUGUGGUUGUGAACGCAACUGACGGAAACAUGUCAAAGAAAAACCGAGCCAAAGGGGACAAGUGUGAAGUGGAAAUGGAGGCGUUUCAGACCGCCAAUGAGGAACUGCGGACAAAGCUCACGCAAAUCCAAAUAGAAUAUCAGCAGGAAAAACACAAGGUGACAAAGCUUCGAGAAAAGCUCCAAGAUGCAAAGCAGGAAAGGGAGCAGGAACAGCACCGACAUACUGUAUACGUGUCUGAACUGAAAGCCAAGCUACACGAGGAGAAGAUGAAGGAGCUUCAGUCCGUCAGGGAGGUCAUGAUACGCCAGCAUGAACUUGAUGUAGCCCGUGUGGUCAAAAUUAAAGACAGUGAAAUUCAGCGUUUACAGUCCACAGUUAAUGUUUUACGGGACGGAGCGCCGGACAAAGUAAAAACGGCUUUAUUGAAUGAAACCAGGGAGGAAGCCAAGAGAGCAUUUGAUAGCGAACGUAUAAAAUUACAGCAGGAGAUACUAGAACUGAAAGCCGGCAAAAAACAACUGGAAGAAACGUUAAACAAUGUCAUGCAGGCGGAUAAAACAAAAGCGUCAGAUCUGCGGAUAGCUUAUCAGACGCAUCAGGAUGAAAUUACCCGGAUAAAGCGCGAAUCUGAACGGGAUAUCCGCAGGCUGAUGGAUGAAAUUAAAAGCAAGGAGCGGGUGAUCCUGGCACUGGAGAAAGAGCUGGGUGUACAAGCCGGUCACACACAAAAACUGCUUCUGCAGAUGGAAGCUCUGGAUGAGCAAUUGGUGCACGCCAAGGAAGCCGAGAAGUACCACAGCAGCCCCAAGAAAGAGCUCCCCACCGGUGUUACCGACAUUUCGGAAAUAAUCAGUCAUGCGGUAAAAGCAAAAGAGGAACCACAUGUUGAUGACCGAGACCUGAGGAGAUUCCAGUUAAAGAUUGCUGAAUUGUAUGCUGUGAUCAGGAAGCUAGAAGAUAGAAAUACACUGCUGUCAGAUGAGCGGAAUGAGCUGCUUAAACGCGUCCGGGAAACAGAAACUCAGCUAAAGCCUCUGGUAGAAAAGAAUAAAAGGAUGUUCAAAAAGCACGAGGACACAUUACAGACAAUACAAAGGAUGGAAGAAAAAAUCAAGGCCUUAUCGAGGGAUAAUGCAGAAAUGAAGGAGAAGUUGUCCACUGUGAGCUCCUUAAAGCGCCAUUCCUCUUUGGAUGAUCUGAGUAAUGCUCAGGAACAAGAGAUUGAAUUCUUACGACUUCAAGUCAUGGAGCAGCAGCAGAUCAUUGAUGACAUCACGGUGGAAAAAGAACGGAUGCUGCGUUUCAAAAAGCCGAAAAGAAAAAGCUUGAAGCACCCAAAGAGGCAUGUUGUGGAGACGUUUUUUGGAUUUGACGAGGAAUCCGUUGAUUCAGAAACCUCAUCCGUCGCCUCGUACAACACUGAUAAGACGGACAGGACACCAGCAACGCCUGAGGAAGACAUAGAAGACAGCACUCCUAAGGAAGAAGCUGAUUUAAGGUUUCGUCAGCUGACCCGAGAGUACCAGGCCCUGCAGAGAGCGUACGCCUUACUGCAAGAACAAGUGGGAGGAACGUUGGAUGCAGAACGAGAAGCCAGGACCCGGGAACAGUUACAAGCCGACCUUCUGAGGUGCCAAGCAAAGAUUGAAGAUUUGGAAAACUCUUUAAGUGAAAAAGGACAGGAUUCCAAAUGGGUGGAAGAGAAACAGCAGCUUCUGAGGAAAAACCAAGAAUUGUUUGAAAAGUUAUUUAAAUAUGAAUUGGAAGAGACCCAGUUGAAAAAUGAAAUCCAGGACACCAGAGACCAGAACGAACUCUUAGAAUUCCGCGUUCUUGAACUCGAAGAGAGAGAACGAAGGUCUCCAGCCUUUAACCUCCAUAUAGCCAGCUUCCCAGAAAAUAAUGGAAGCGCUCUGCAGCUAUUCUGUCAGCAGGAAGGAAUUAAGGCCUCAAUGGGACAUAAAGAGUCUCCAGACUAUAGCUGCAUGGAUGUGGAUAUUUCGGAGCUGAUGAAGAAGCUGGACAUACUGGGAGAUAAUGGGAAUCUGCGGAAUGAAGAGCAGGUUGCAGUAAUUCAGGCGGGGACUGUACUAUCUCUCUGUGAAAAGUGGUUAAAGCAGAUUGAGGUGACAGAAGCCGCUCUGACUCAGAAAAUGAUAGAUCUGGAAAAUGAGAAGGUAAGAUUGCGAGAAUUGUUCAGCAAACAGAAGGGCUACUUAGAAGAAGAACUAGAUUACCGGAAGCAAGCACUUGAUCAAGCACAUAUGAAAAUCCAGGAGCUGGAGGCCACACUCUAUAAUGCGUUGCAGCAUGAGCCAGGGAGAAGGGUCAGGGAAUGUCUGAAUGAGGCACAGAGGGAAGACCUAAGGGCGGCUGUGGAAAAGCUACGAAGGCAGAUCCUGCGGCAAAGCCGAGAGUUUGACAGUCAGAUCCUACACGAGCGAAUGGAGCUCUUACAUCAGGCACAACAGAGAAUCCGUGAACUUGAAGACAGGAUAGAACUUCAAAAACGGCAACUCAAAGAGAUAGAGGAAAAGCAUUCAUUCUGUGGCCUUGACGAUCUAUUCCAGCAAACAAUCAUGGGUUUGAAGAGAGCACAUGGGACGAGCAUCUGACACUUCUGCAACUGCCAAAAUAGACACCGACUUCAUGUUAUUUUUUAACCAUGGUCCUGGCUGGAAACACCAGACGACUCGAUAAAUGAGGAGUUUUGUAACAAUUUCGUUUUUAACUGGACUCGAUUUGUUGUACAGCUACAAUACAGUCCUGUUGUUCAGAGACUCUAAUAAAAUGGAUGAAAGAUAGUAAAUAAAAAAUAAAAAAAACUAUUACAUAUG